CUCUCUUUAGUGGGUUGUUGGAGAAAACGGCAUCCUCAAACCAAAGCGAAUUAACCCAAAUAUCUACCAGCCCCCAUCAUUAAAAGCCGUGCAGCAGAUGGCUGAAGCUCAAAUGCAGAAAUUAGGUGUGUAUCCUCAUGUAGAGGAGGAGGGGGAGGAGCCUGUUCACAGAGGGGGGGCGGAGCUCUGCUCAUCCUGCACAACUGAAUCGCAGGAGCAAAGGAGCACACCAGAAAAGCAGUCUGGCAUGAGGAAGACAGAAGCCACGGCACCGACCGAUGAAGAAGAAGAAGAAGAAGAGGAGGAGGAGGAGGAAGAUGAAGAAAAAGAAGAAGAAGAAGCAGAUGAUAUGGCAAGAGAGGAGAGCAGAAAUCUGGACUGAUAGAAGUUUGAGAACUUUAGUGAUUUCUUUUAUUUGGUAAUGCAAACUUUGUUUAUUAAUUAUUGGUUUUCCGUGAUUUCAUCAUUUCGCAAAUAACAGCAAACUGUUUGAAUCAUUAUAGACUCAUUCUGAAAAUGUAGCCCUAUAUACAUUUCUGGAGAUCGCGAAUUAUGUAGCCAGAGGUACAUAAUGCUGCAUUUCUUCCUUGAAACAAACACUAUGGAGUGCUACGAUGCUGUUCCUUUUUGCGCUUACCAGCUGACCCACUUACCUUCGUAUGGACGGCUUUCCCGCUGUUACCAGUUUGUCCAGUGGCUCGCCACUUACGUUGGCAGACUUGAGACACAGAGCAGAGUUGACCGUGAUGACGGGGUUUGAGUCUGGUGAAGAAUGCUUCCAGAAAGCAGCUAAGACAAAAACAAAAGCCAAAAGAUAAUAUAAACAAGUAAAUAACAGCGUGAGAAUGUGUUCAAAUCUGAAAACGCGGUAAAAAUCUGGUGGCCGCGAGGGCUUAUCUUUUUCUGGAUUGCUUUUUGGGUUUAAGGAAGGGAGUGGGUGGGGGGGAUCGGUCGGUUGGUCAGUCAUUCAGUCAGACGACAGUGACCUCCGGUGCAUUUACGUGAGAAGACCAAGCGCGAACGGCACUUGCGAAAGUAAUUUGAGAUCUUAAAAAGUCUACACAGCAGCCUGUAGUGGAUUCGCGACAACAAAAAAAAAAAAAAACGUAGCUCCUGGGACGUAUUCGGCUCUCUCCAGAAAUGUAUAUAGGGAUACGUAUCCAUAAUGAGCGUGUUGGUUUGUAUUCAGAGGGAAAACAAGAAACUCGGAAAGACUGGAACCCUGACAUUGCCAUCAAAUAGAGACACACAACAUAAAGUAAAAUGUAUAAUGUAAUAUGCUUUCAUACCGUCAAACAAACAAACAGGUAAAGUAUGAAUGAUUAUUUGUA